AUGUCGAUCAAAAAAAGAAAGUGGUCGGACGAAUAUGUACAAUAUGGAUUCACAUGUAUAACGGAACGUGAUGGGAGUCAGCGUCCUAAGUGUAUGAUUUGCAAUGCCAAGUUGAGCAAUUCUAGUCUAGCACCGGCAAAACUAAGAGAACACUUCCUUAAGCUGCAUGGAGAUGGAAAAUAUAAGAACACAACGCUCGCUGAAUUCAAGGUGAGGAGAGCCAGAUUCGAUGAAAAGGCUAGUCUGCCUGUUCUCGGCUUUGUACCCAUCAACAAACCGAUCCUCAUAGCAUCGUACGAAGUUGCUUACCUGAUCGCAAAGCAGGGCAAACCCCACACCAUUGGUGAAACACUCAUAAAACCAGCUGUGUUGAAGAUGGCGAAUAUCAUGCUGGGAAAAGCGGCUGAAGUUAAGUUAUCCCAAAUUCCUCUUUCAAAUGACACCAUCAGCGACAGAAUAGAGGACAUGAGCAAAGACAUCUUGGCUCAAAUAGUUGCAGAUCUGAUUUCAAGCCCGGCAAAAUUCAGCCUUCAACUCGACGAGACCACAGACGUCUCCAAUCUAAGCCAGCUUGCAGUAUUCGUGCGCUAUGUGAAAGACGACGUGAUAAAGGAAGAGUUUUUAUUUUGUAAGCCUCUUACAACAACAACUAAGGCAGCCGAUGUGAAGAAACUUGUGGAUGACUUCUUCAAAGACAACAAUCUUUCGCAUGCAUUGGCAACAAAAACCUUGCCUCCAAAACUGGCAGAAGAAUUAAAAAUUGUAGUGGAAUGUGUGAACUAUGUGCGAAAUAGUGCUCUAAGGCACCGCAUCUUCAGGGAGCUGUGUAAAGAAAUGGGAUCUGAAUUUGAGGUACUUCUGUACCAUUCCAACGUUCGGUGGUUAUCCCGGGGACAGGUGUUGAAUCGUGUUUUUGCCGUGCGUGUGGAAUUAGCCCUGUUUUUGCAAGAGCACCAACAUUGUCAUGCAGAUUGCUUCAAAGAUUCUGAGUUCAUUCUCAUUUUAGCGUACAUGACUGAUAUCUUUGCAGCUCUAAAUCAUCUCAAUCAACAGAUGCAGGGCGGUGGAGUCAACAUCAUCGAAGCGGAAGAAAACCUGAAGGCUUUUCAAAAAAAGCUACCGUUAUGGAAACGACGAAUAGAGAACGAUAACUUCGCAAACUUCCCCCUGCUAGACGACUGUCAAGCAAUUGCCACGCACUUAGAUGAGCUUGCAACGUCUCUUGAUGGAUACUUCCCUACAAGAGAGUCAUAUCCAGCAUGGGUGAGACAGCCGUUCACAUUUAGUGUUGAGACAACAGAUGUCAAUGAUGAAUACCUCGAUGAAAUCAUUGAACUUCAGCAGAGCCAGGUUCAACAGCAACUCUUCAGAACAACAACGCUCUCAACGUUUUGGUGUCAACAAAUGGUAACGUACCCUGUUAUUGCUAAGAAAGCUCUGGAGUUUUUCAUACCGUUUGUUACAACAUAUCUUUGCGAGCAAUCCUUUUCAAGGAUGCUGGACAUAAAAACGAAGAAAAGGAACAGACUUUGUUGCGAAAAUGACAUGAGAGUGGCACUUGCCAAGGUAAAGCCGCGCAUUUCUGACCUGGUCUCUGAAAGACAACAGCAGAAGUCACACUGA